ACAGAAAUUGAUUAGUUUAAUUAAAUAAAAAACAUAACGAGGGCUGAAUGGUUGCAAAACCUUAAUUGAAACACUAUAUAAAUAGCUGCCGGAGCUCCGGCUAUUCCUUCCCUUUUCUCUUGGACGCCAACUCGUGUAAAAUGGAAUUCUGCCCUACCUGUGGAAUGUUAGCGCAAUAUGAGUUGCCCAAUAUGAGCCAGCCUGGUAGAUUUUUUUGUCCACAGUGUCCCUAUGUCUGUAACAUCGAGCCCAAGGUUAAAAUAAAGAAGAAAUAUGAGUUAGUUACUAAACAGAUUGACCCUGUCAUUGAAAAUGAUGACUUCAAGAAUGCAGCUACAACGGAAGCUAAGUGCCCACAAUGCGGUUAUGGCAAGGCAGCUUUCCAGCAAUUCCAGACCAGGUCUGCUGAUGAGCCUAUGACAACAUUUUAUUGGUGUAUGAAUGAGGUUUGUCGAGCACGCUGGCGUGAGGAUUGAAGAGGGCCUUGCAUGAGCACUGAUUGCAAGGGUUUCAUGUUAAGAUGUGCCUUUCACCUAGGUGCUUCAGUUUUGGGCUUUUCUUUGCCUUCUCCCAAAUUUUGGGCACAUGUGCUGUGACAUUCUCAUUUAAGGGUCUGUUUGGGAGUGCUGUUAAAAAUUGCUGUGCUGUGAGAAAAAGUGCUGGUAAAAUAAGUGCUGUUGUAGAAAUCAGAUAACUGUUUGGUAAUUUUUUGAUAUACUUAUUUUGAGUUAUAAUAUUAAAAACAAUAAUGUUUUUGGUGA